ACGCGCAGAAGCAACAUCGGUUGACAAGACAAUCCCCUUCGACUACCUGCUGAUUGGGUCCCCAUUCCUCGGUGGGCCCCGGAAUAGACAUGGCCGGCGCACAGUCGGGCGUACACGUCGUGCAGCUCAAACCCAUUGAAGUCCCCCAGUCUAUGAUUGAGGGCAACAAAUUCGUCAAAUGGGAUGACGAUUCUACAGUUGGAACCCCUGUAACAUUACGUGUAGAUAAAAGUGGCUUCUAUUUAUACUGGACAGACCAAAACAACGAAACUGAAUUUCUGGAAAUAUCUUCCAUACGCGACACCAGAACUGGGAAAUAUGCCAAGACACCCAGGGAUGGUAAAUUGCGGGACUCCAUCAGUAUGGGUGCCCCUGAUACACCACUGGAAGACAAACAGGUGACAGUAGUGUACGGUCCAGAGCUAGUGAAUGUCAGUGCACUGCAUUUCAGUUGCAACUGCAAAGAAACAGCACAGUUGUGGACAGACGAACUGUUAAGGAUGGCGUACAACUUGCUGGCCAUCAAUGCUCCCGCUACUGUCUUCUUGGAUAAAGCGCACACGAAAGUACAGCUACUGACGGACAGGGAAAACAGGAUACCAGUCAAAAACGUGGUGAAGAUGUUUGCUCAGCACAAAGAUGACAAGAAAAGAGUCGAAAAGGCCUUAGAAGCAUGUGGUUUUCAAUCUGGAAAAAAUGACACAAUACCGCCUGAUAAAUUUACAAGCGACGUUUUUUUCAAUUUCUACAGACAUUUGGCGGGCAGAGACGAAGUCGACAGGAUAUUUGAGAAAUUAUGUGGUGGCAAGAAGAAAGGCAUGACAGUGGAUCAAUUGGUGGAGUUCCUUAACAAAGAACAGCGAGACCCGAGGCUCAACGAGAUUUUGUAUCCCUAUGCGAAUCCGAAAAGGGCCCGAGACAUCAUUAAACAAUACGAGCCCAACAAAAGCAUGGCUCAAAAAGGUCUUCUUUCGGAAAUCGGAUUCCUGCGGUAUUUGAUGGGAGAAGACAACCCAAUCGUGUCACCAGAAAAGCUGGAUAUCAGCCUCAAUAUGGAUCAACCCCUUAGUCAUUAUUUCAUCAACUCAUCCCACAACACUUACCUCAGUGGGCAUCAGCUGACAGGUAAAUCCUCGGUGGAGAUGUACCGACAGACCCUGCUGACAGGCUGCCGGUGCGUGGAGCUGGACUGUUGGAACGGCAGGAACUCCGACGAGGAGCCAAUCAUCACUCACGGCUACACGGUCGUCUCGGAAAUUUUGCUCAAGGAAGUAUUGGAAGCCAUUGCAGACUGCGCCUUCAAGACGUCAGAUUAUCCAGUUAUACUUAGUUUUGAAAAUCAUUGCUCAACCAAGCAGCAAGCAAAAAUGGCAAUGUACUGCAGAAAAAUUUUUGGGGAUAUGAUCAUCACAGAACCCUUUGGCACACAUCAGCUGAAUCCUGGUCAACUUCUGCCGUCACCAAAGCAACUCAUGAGAAAAAUCAUCAUCAAAAAUAAGAAAAAACACUUCCCUAGAGCUGCCCAGAACCGCUCUCAGAAGACUUCUCUAGAGAAGGACAACCCCCAGACCCCGGAGAGGACGAAGAGUUCGUCUGUCAGUAGUCCCGGAGAUGAGAACGAUCCGGGAGGGGGCGAAGGCGCGGAGGAAUCAGAUACGGACAUCGGAUCUGACGAUGAAGAACCGGAAGGCGUGGAUGAAGCAGAGGAAGCUGCGAAAGAGUCAGAAGCAGGGGCGGAGAUGUCAGCCCUCGUCAACUAUGUGCAACCGGUUCGAUUCCAUUCUUUCGAGCAUGCAGAAAAGCGUAACAGAAGCUACGAAGUUUCAUCAUUUGUAGAAACUCAAGCAACGAAUUUGCUCAAGGAGCAUCCCGUGGAGUUCGUCAACUACAACAAAAGACAACUCAGUCGAAUUUACCCAAAGGGAACGAGAGUGGAUUCAAGCAAUUACAUGCCACAGGUGUUUUGGAACGCUGGCUGUCAAAUGGUUGCUCUAAACUACCAGACGCUAGAUUUAGGCAUGCAGCUGAACUUAGGUAUUUUCGAAUACAACGGUCGGAGUGGUUACCUCCUGAAGCCCGACUUCAUGAGAAGGACCGAUCGGAAAUUCGAUCCCUUCAUUGAAUCCACUGUCGAUGGCAUCAUCGCAGGAACGGUCAGCGUUAAGAUUAUUUCGGGUCAAUUCCUGUCAGACAAGCGAGUGAGCACGUUUGUGGAAGUGGACAUGUAUGGGCUGCCCGCAGAUACUGUGCGAAGAAGGUUCAAGACCAAAACCAUACCCAACAACGGUAUCAAUCCAGUCUAUGACGAAGAACCAUUCGUCUUCAAAAAGGUUGUGCUUCCAGACCUCGCCUGCCUCCGCAUUGCAGUGAACGACGACAACGGACGGCUGCUGGGUCACAGAGUCUUACCUGUUGUUGGUCUCAGACCAGGUUACCGUCACAUUUGCCUAAGAAACGAAUCCGGACAACCUCUGCUCAUGAAGACGCUGUUUGUUCACAUCACCGUCAAGGACUACGUGCCGGAUGGACUCUCAGACCUGGCGGACGCUCUGGCGAAUCCGAUCGCCUACCAGUCCAUUCAGGAGAAGCACGCUCAACAGCUCAUGGCUCUCACAGACGACGUGGAUGAAGAAGAAGACAAAACAGUUGGUGAAAAUCCUCAGCCGGCGAAAGCUAGCAAGUCGGAAGAGAAAGCGACGACCGAGCCCCAGCAGACUGCGCCCCAGCGUCAUGCCACCAUGAAUGGCACAGUGCCUAAGCAGACUUCAGUGGGGCCCUCUUCACCUGGGCCGCUGAAGGCCCAAGAUACCCUUAAAAAACCAAAUCAAACUGUGACAUCUAUAGAAGAACCCCAAGAGAAGCCUCAGUCAUUAUUAGAAUCUGAGGAGGCGAACAUGGCGGCGGAAUCCCUGGACGAAAUGAGAGAACACAAGCUAGUCGUGAAAGUCACUUCAAAGCUAGAGAAAGAACUACAAGCAUUAAAAAAAAAGCAAGAAAGGAUCCGCGAGCGCGAGAUGGAAAUCUUGUUGGCCAAGGAGGCGAAGCUGCUGCGCCACCUGGAGCCCUUGAACAGCAGGACGCAUAAUAGGUUCGUCAGAAAGUUUUAUUCUCCAUGUUGGAAUCCUAGGCGGCAGCCGAAACGAGUCGGAGAGGUGGACACGCCCAUCGUUUCGCCUGACCAACGAGCGAAGUUGGAAGAGCUCCGAAAGAAUUUUAAUCAAACUAUGUUGGCCUUAUCCAAAGAGCAUUUAAAUGCAGAACUGGAAAUAUGUUCCAAAUAUCAAGAACCGCUGUAUUCGGCUCUGAGCAAAGUGAUGCAGCAGUCGCAGGCAGCGCAAGUACAACAACUCCACUCUUUGCACGACAGAGAAGUGAGCGAACUCAUGAAACGUUUGGAUGCUCAGACGAAAGAAGAAAUGAAAAAUCUGAGCAAAAAACACAAGGACAAGAAUGAACUGUCCAGGAUAAAAAGAGAGCUUCAUCAAAAACUUAUCGACACAGCCGUGGCAGAAAGACAAAGGUUCAGUUCUUUGUUGGACAAAAAACUCAACGAACUACAACGGCAACACACCAAUAUCAAAAAUUCUUUUGAAGAUGAAAGACAACAUGCUUUGGAGAGGCUUCGAGCAGAAUACGAGGAGAAAUGCAGCAAGGUAGAGAAGACUCUCUUUUUGACGACAGAUGCCGUUGAAAGCACUAAGUUAUGAGGUGUCCUAAAGAAAGUGACUAAUUGAAUUGGCAGAAGAGUAGACGGCCUGUUUGUGAAGAACGGACGUUUUAUUCUUGGAUCUUAUUGUUUCACUCAUCGUCAUCCUGUGGGGAUUGAGCGCACGGCCACUGAGGCCAUUGAGAGCCAGAAAAUAUCUAGUGGACAUUUACCUCACCUACUUUUUAACUUCCCUCUAGGACUCAAACUUGGCCUUCAAGAAGGGUUUGGCAACAUUUGGUAACGGGAUUUUGCAGCUACUUGGCAGUAUUGAGAAUUGAUUAGCUUUUUCAUGCUCGCUUGUUAUUUAGAAUGUGGGCUUGCAUCAACUUGAUAAGAUUCUUCUCUAACUCACCAACUGUGUUCUACUGAUGUUUAUCUAUGCAAUAAUAUGUCUAUGUUUAUCUAUGCAAGUAUGUUAUAUGCAACGAAUUCAGAUUCAUGAAUAAGAAAUACUCUAAGAAAAACAAAAGCCAUUCCCUUGCUUUUUAAUUCAAAUUUUUUAACAAAAUGAUUACACCACUAGAAUUAAAUGCAUUUCACACCUACAAUUUUAGAGAUAGCCAUUACCUAGUUUGAAGCAUAGAAUGCAUAUGAAUAACCAUAUGCUAAAAUAAUUAUCAUUUGUUGCUGUCAUUCAUUCUUUCCUCAGAAAAUAAAAUAUACAGAUGUCCUAUUUUUAAAACUUGUUCAAAUAUAUUUGUAUAUAUAUUUAGCCAGGAUAUACUACUACGCGUAGUACAUAUUUACACUGCAUUUAAUUAAUCUGAAAAAUCAGUCUUUAUUUUGAUUCUAAAAUUAUGUUGAAAUAAAUUUUUAUUUUAAUUGAUAUGCUAUAUGAAAUAUUAUACUUAUAAAUUAA